UUUGUUUGUCUGGUUUCUCCUCCCUCCUUCAUCGCUCAUAUAAAGUAAAGUUCAGAUUUUUCUGCUUUCUGCUCGUCGCCAUGACUUCCGUCGCUCCUCCGGGCUACCGGCCCGUCUACAACCCUAGCAUUCCUUACCUCAGCCCCAUUCAUGGCGGCGUACGGGACGGAGUGUCCAUCUACAUCCAGGGAUCGGUUCCUGAAAACAUCACCAGGUUUCGGAUCAACCUUCUGUGCGGAGAGUCGGACUCCAGCGAUGUGGCCCUGCACUUCAACCCUCGAUUCGACGGCUGGGACAAAGUGGUUUUCAACAGCCGUAAAGGUGGAUCCUGGAUGUCGGAGGAGAAGAUCCACAAGAUGCCUUUCUCCAAGGGCAAGCCCUUCGAGUUGGUCAUCAUGAUCACUGCCAAGGGAUUCCAGACUAAAGUCAAUGGGAAGGACUUCUUCCUGUUCCCUCACCGCCUCCCUGUAGAGCGGAUCCGGGCCAUCCAGGUCUCCGGAGACGUUACCAUCCAAACCAUUAACAUCAUUGGGGGUGCAGGCGGUGGCGGCGGCGGUUCGCUUCCUGGAGGAACCGGAGGAGGAUAUCCAGGAUGCAGCGUGGGGCAGGGAGGAUAUCCAGGAUGCAGCGUGGGGGGUGGAUGUCCUGACGACAUGGGAGGUGGAUACCCAGGAAGCAACAUGGGGGGAGGUUUUCCAGGAUCCCACCUGCCGGGAAUGGGAGGGCAGCCAGUCUACAACCCACCUGUGCCGUACGCCGCCCUGAUCCCAGGAGGGAUGUACCCUAAGAGGACCAUCAUCAUCCGGGGCAUGGUGCCCUACGGGGCCAAAAGGAUGGGCUUCAACCUGGUGGUGAGCAGAACCCAGGACGUCGCCUUCCACAUGAACCCCAGAGUGAAGGAGGGCGUUGUGGUGCGAAACAGCCGGACUGGAGGGAAGUGGGGCAACGAGGAGCGAGAGCUCAGCGGGUCGCCCUUCACGGAGGGGCAGUACUUUGACAUGUCGAUUCGCUGCGGCAACCAGAGGUUUAAGGCGUUUGUGAACGGGCAGCAUCUGUUUGACUUCUUCCACCGAACCAACUUCAGCGAAAUCGACAAACUGGAGAUAGACGGAGACGUUCAGAUCUCCUACGUCCACUUCUGAUUCUCUGCUCAUCACUGCUUCCUUUUGUGCAAGUUUCAGUUUUGCAUCAGUUGUUUGCAUUGAUAAAGCUCAAGAAGAGAAUGUGCUUUUGAAUUUAUUCAUUUCUUAUGCAAAAACAUUGUAAAAAAAAAACCCAAAACAUCGGCAGUGACGAAAUCAAAGUAGUUAUUGUACGAAAAUCCUUAGAAAUGUAAAAACACCAGCAGAAACAUUCAACAAAAUGCAAAAUACUGGCUCUCUGAAGGCACUUGGGAAGGUUGUGAAAGGCUGAUGAGGAUAAUGAGGAAGAAGAAAAAAAAGCUCCAUGUACACAGGAAACAGGAAGUGAAUCUCAGUUUCAGCACCUUUUUUUUUCUUUUCUGAAAGUCCCAAUGAUUAAACAGUACCAAUGUAUUACAAAAACAAACCAAAAAAAGGGAAAUGAAGUAGUUUUUCAUAACAUUCUGUAACUGUACACGGUUUUAAAAGUACCUUUGAUGCUCACAAAGCAGCACAGAGCGAUUUCUUCUCCCAAAAUCUAAUCUGAAGACUUAAUGCAGGACUAGAGAUAAACAUAUACUGUUUAUAUACAUACAUAAAAAUAUAAGUGCAUACAUGUUGCAGCGCCGGAUGUCCUCCUCGUCCUAAGUGCAACAGUUUGAGAAACC